UAGAUUCGUUCCUAAUCAAUGGUAAGAACUCUUCAUCCUAUCAAGCACCCUUCCGUAGAAGUCUUGAUACGUUCAAAUUGAUGAUCGAAUCUUCUCCAUCAACGACCCAAGUAUAUUUGAUUAUCUCAAAUUCGACUAUGUUGCUUACAAUAAUUUUCAUAUGUGCUUAUAUUGUUCGAUUGCGUAUUUGGUGAUCCACAAUCAUUAGAUACACACCCUAACAUUUACAUACAAAAUUAUAAGUAUAUAUACAAGCUGAUAAUUUGAUAAUUAAAGAUAAUAUAAUGUGCAAUUUAAACAUGUAAGUAGGUGGUUACGCAAAAUAUUACAUGCAUGUUAAUCGAAUUGUAAGUUAUCAACGUCUCUCAUGUUGGCUACAACAUCUCUAGAACCUCUCUUAUCGACUUUACUCGUUGCACUCCUUCCUCUUCCAUAUUUUCCGCUAGAGAAAAAAGAAUUAGACAAACAAUCAACCCUAGACUCCCUUACACAGUUACACCCUUAAUUGAAAAGCUACAGAAGCCAACGUACAAAGUCGAAAUAAGAUAACUUUAUAUGAAGGCCACGUACAACACCAGGGCCUCUCACGCCAAUCUAUCGGGAUCCAUCAUUUUCAAUUCAUGAAACUGCCCUAAACGUGAGAGAAGGAGGAAGACAAUUGAAGACAAUGACGAAGAAUCGAUCCACCCAAGAAAUCUAAAUGCACCCUCUGCUGAAGCAGGCAAAUGAAGACCUCAUAGUCACCUUCAAUAAUCACCCUGGCAUUCGAUAUAAAAAUUAAUCACAUUGCGAAUAUGAUGGUUGUCGGUUGAUCGGGAGAUAUAGUGCAUUACGAGUUGCUAGGAGCUCUACUAAGUACAGGUUCGAAAUACCUUGGUGAUGUGCCCCUAAGGUUAGACAAAACUACAAGCAUCCCGAUGAAUAACGAUGUCGAAAUUUGAUAUUAAUGAUGGAUGGGGGAUUGGAUAGGUUGACAAUAACAGUAUCCAACCAACAGGAAGAUAGGAUUGUGAUUACUUUUCAUUAGCUAGGUUGACCUAGUGUGAAAACAAUGAAAGAGUAUAAUAGUCAUUGUGAAUAUUAUAUUUAACUAAUCAAUAAAAAAUAGAAUAAUUAUAAAUUUUGUUGUUGGAAUUCGGCCAUCGAUCGCCAGAAUCUGGUCACCGGUCGCCAGAAUCCGGUCCACAGUUGUUAGGAUCUGGUCCCCGGAAUUCGGUAAACAUGACCAGAAUAUGUGGACUGUCACCGAAAUAUGUUUAACCUGACCGGAAUAUACUCAUCGUUGCCGAAAUCUAGUCAUCGGGGUCAAAAUAUGCUUAUCGAUGUGGAAUUCGAUCAGUGAUAGGCGUCGAAGUGUGGUCAACGGUCAAUAAUCACCGGAUAUUGUGGUAUGCAUUGUGAGAUUUAUGGUUUGCUUUCUCAUGUUUUUUGUAUGCAUUUUGUGGUAUGCUUUAUUGUGUUUGUGAUCCACAUUAAGAAGUUUCUCGUGUGCUUUUAACAUAUUUAUGGUUUGCUUUGUGGAGUUUCUGGUUUACUUUUUGUGGUUUGCUUUGUCGUGGUUGUGGUUUGCAUUAGGAGGUUUCUAGUGUGCUUAUGAAAUAUUUGUGGUAUGCUUUGUGGGGUUUCUGGUUUGUUUUAAGGAAUUUGUGGUCUGCAUUAGGAGGUUUCUGGUAUACUUUUUGUGGUUUAUUUUAUCGUUUUUCUGAUUUGCAUUAGGAUGUUUCUGUUGUGUUUAUGAAAUAUUUGUGGGGUUCUGGUAUAUUUUAAGAGAUUUGUGAUCUGCAUUAGGAAGUUUCUGGUAAGUUUUUUGUGGUUUGUUUUACUGUGGUCUCCAUUGGGAAAUUUCAGUAGACAGACAAACUAAAUACGGUGGAGUUACAAAUCCAAUUCAGGGCGAUGACAACUUUGAAUAGCUAUUUUGAUCGAAAUCGAGUAACAACAAAACCGGGUGAUUUUACAGCCUAUUGAUUCCUAAAAACCUCGAAGAUUCAUUGUGGUUGAAGAAAAUCAACGCUUUCUUGAACCGUAUCGCACAUCCGCCUCACAUUGGCUACUUCAUCAGAAUCAUAGAUAAUCUCUCCUUCCCGGUUCCCUCCAAUCAGCGAAGUCCCAAGACUAGAACAAACUCCUUCCAACCGCCAGGAGAGAAGCAGAUCUUCCCCGCAACAACGUUGGACGUGUAGGUCGAUGACAAUGAGAGGCGUCGUCGUCACGAGAUGUAACAACGAAGGACGCCAUCAACGAGGAAAAUUGGCAGAGCCUGUUUCCAACGAUGGCGGGAAGAAGCGUGGCGGGGGGCUGGAGGAGAAACAAGAUUUGGUAGGUAAGGAUGGAUAAAUAUCUUUUAAUUAAUUUUUUCGUUGUUAUAUUAUGUGAGUUUACCCUUUUACCCUUAUUGUUACUAUAACAACCGUAAGGUUGUUGUUAUUCUAUCCGGAGGCUUCCCUUUCUUACAGAUCGAAUGGACCUGGCUCGAUUAUUCGAUUUACGUUACCCCUCCAUCGGUAGUCGGCCAGUCGCCACCGGUCACCGUCGACGCUAAAAACCCGAAAUCGGGACACGCGAACCACGAGUACAAGGAAAAAAGAAAGUUUUUAUUUAUUUAUAUUUCACAAUUAAUUUGAAAAAAAAUCCCACGGUGAGUAGUCAGCGAUGACGUUGGUGACUGUGACGAUUGCCGGUGAAUCCAAGUCAAACCGGUUUCUUGUUCCUAUCUCCUCUCCUAUAAAUAAAUUUUGUCGACGGGAGAUCGGAUUGCACCAAGAACCAGCCUCCGAUCUUCCCUGCGCUCAAAUUGAUAUCAUCAUCCACCAAAAAGAGAAUCGGCAAUGGCAAUAGCCGAGACUUUCUUCAUAUCGCACGGCUCCCCGACGCUCUCCAUCGACGACUCUCUGCCGGCCAGGCAUUUCUUGAAAUCCUGGGAGCAGAAGGUAUACCAAAAGGAGAAACCCCAGGCGAUCCUCAUCAUCUCCGCCCACUGGGACACCAAACUCCCUUCCGUCAACGUCGUUGAUCGCAACGACACCAUUCACGACUUCUAUGGCUUCCCCAAACAGAUGUAUGAGCUGAGGUACACGCCACCAGGAGCACCCAGAUUGGCAAAGAGGGUAAAGGAGCUGCUGAUGGGAUCUGGGUUUGAUGAAGUAGUGGAAGACAAGAAAAGAGGAGUGGAUCAUGGAGCUUGGGUGCCAUUGAUGCUCAUGUAUCCAGAGGCUGACAUUCCAGUGUGUCAAUUAUCUGUUCAGUCUGACAGAGACGGAACGUAUCACUACAACAUGGGCAAGGCCUUGGCUCCAUUGAGACAGGAAGGCGUGCUCAUCAUCGGCUCUGGCUCAGCUACUCACAAUUUGAGAGCUCUGGGUAGUUCUGAUAGCUCCGUUGCUCCCUGGGCUCAGCAGUUUGAUACUUGGCUUAAGGACUCCCUCGUCGAAGGAAGAUAUGAAGAUGUGAAUCACUAUGAAGUAAAAGCACCACACGCGAAGAAGGCUCAUCCAUGGCCAGAACACUUCUUUCCUCUUCAUGUUGCAAUGGGCGCUGCUGGUGACAGCUCCGAGGCCAAGCUUAUCCACCAGAGCUGGAGUCUUGGCACACUUUCCUAUUCCUCUUACCAGUUUACAGCAGCAGACUAGUGACUAGUCAGUCCACUCUUGCUUGCUUGGUUUAUGUUUGUUUGGCCACUUUGUAUAAUGUAACCUAAGAACCUUGUGAAAUCUGUGUGUAAACUCUAGUCCAUUUGUGCGUGUGAAUGGAUCUAUAGCAACUUUUCGUUCUUCUCUCGUAUAUACAUAAAUUGUGAGAGGUCCA